AUGUGUUACCUGCUGGUAAGUGAAUCUCCUUGAGAUAGUCAUGGCAAUUACUUUUUUCCCAUUGAGUGAAAAAUAAAUCGUAGUAUGAUGCACAAAUCAGAUACAUUUGCUGAGUUGUUAAAUACAUUCAUAAAAAAGAUGGUAAAUUAACCAAAGCUGUGAAUUUUGAUGAAUGACUUCCCAUAUAUUUUUACCUGACAGUCACUUCCCAGAUCAGGCUGGUCAAUGGUAAUGGUCGCUGCUCAGGAAGAGUGGAAAUCUAUUACAGUGGUCAGUGGGGAACAGUUUGUGAUGAUUCCUGGGAUAUUAAAGAUGCUGAGGUGGUGUGUAGACAGCUGGGCUGUGAGAGUGCAAACCAAGUCCUAAGUAAAGCACACUAUGGUCCAGGCAGUGGAACGAUCUGGCUGGAUGAUGUUGCAUGCACUGGUAGUGAAGGCUAUCUCACAGAGUGCCUGCACAGAGGAUUUGGAAUACAUGACUGUAGUCAUGCUGAGGAUGCUGGUGUUGUCUGCUCAGGUAAGGGAGUCACAUAGUCUUGCCAUUCCAAGUUCUUUCAUGACACAUCUGUUGAUAGUUGAUAUCCUGAAAUGCAUGAUGUCCUGAGAUUAAUUUCAUCAUCUAAAAACCACCCAGUUCUGUGCCUUGUAAAUGACCUUGACUUUAAUGUUUGUCUUUUUCCGCUACCAAGCUGCCCAGAUCAGGCUGGUCAAUGGUUUUGGUCGCUGCUCUGGGAGAGUGGAGAUCUAUUACAGUGGCCAGUGGGGAACAGUGUGUGAUGACGACUGGGAUAUGAAUGAUGCUGCGGUGGUGUGUGGACAGCUGGGUUGUGGGAGUACUGUAGGUGCCCCACUUGCUGCCCAUUUUGGUCAGGGUAGUGAACCAACCUGGCUGGAUAAUGUGAAGUGCUCUGGAAGUGAAAGCCACCUCUCAGAGUGCUCACACAGAAGAUUUGGAGUUGAAGACUGUAAUCAUGGUGAAGAUGCUGGUGUUUUCUGCCUCUCAGGUAGGGAGUGGUUUUAUCAUGUUGUAGACAUCUUGUGACAUGAGUGUACAAACAGUUCAGAGCGAUAAAAGCAAAAACAUGAAAAACAAAGCCUGGGGUCGACAGUUACGACAACAUUUAUUUGAAAUACUGCUGCUUGUGAUUUUAAUGUAUGUAUGGUCAGUUAAGUGCAACGUUUACUUUAGAUUAAAAUAACGUGAACAGGACAGAAAGUGGAAUGGAGUACUACAUGUGUCUGUGUCUUAUAACUAAUACACACAACUUUUGUACAGGUUUAACCCUGAAGAGACCUACCCUCUCUAAAACGCCUUCCCAUUCAGCUUUUUCACCUGGUGAAACGGUUCAGUUCAUCUGCUCUGUCUCACAGCGAAUUGCCAUCACUGCAAACUUUGACUUAUAUAGGGGUGGAUCUCCAAUACUCACCCAGGCAGUUGAAUCCACUCAGACCAGUGAGACUUUCACAUUGUCCAGUCUGCAAUCUUCACACCAGGGAAGGUACAGUUGUCUACAACAGAUAACCAAGAAUGGUCAGAAAAUGAUCAGCUCUUCUUCCAGCAACUCCAUGGACAUUACUAUUGGUGAGUGAGACUGCGAACACACAGUUGAGGGCACUAAAACAUUUUCUAAAAAUGUGAUUUGCAGUACAGGUUUUUGUAACAAACUAUCACUAGUAGAUGCUAGAGCAACUUGUUGCACAUGCACUGCAGAAAUUCUUCUGCCAAAAACUGUUCAAUGCCCACUUCUGUAAGGUUAUAUUUACAGUGCCUUCAGAAAGUAAUCACACCCCUUGACGUUUUCCACAUUUUGUUGUGUUACAAAGUGGGAUUAAAAUGGAUUUAAUUGUCAUUUUUUUCGUCAAUGAUCUACACAAAAUACUCUAAUGUCAAAGUGGAAGAAAAAUUAUAUCAUUUUUUAUUUAUUUUUUAUCAUUAAAAAUAAACACUAAUAUAUCUUGAUUAGAUAUGUAUUCAACCCCCCUGAGUCAAUACAUGUUAGAAUCACCUUUUUUGCUGAGGAGAUCUUAGUUGAGCAAUUUUACAUCUAACUAAGAUGUUUGGUGCAGUAUUUCUCAAGUGAAAAAAUGUGCAUGAAAACAAUUAGUCUCUUGUUGAACGACAACAAACACUUCAUUGAAGAAUCCCUACUGUUGACCAAUCACUGACGAAGGGGUGUAGACUUCGGCCACUGACAUUCGGCUUGCCUCAAGAUAAAGUGACUAGGCAACAGGAUAGAUAAUAAACAGUAACAGCAGCGUAAGUGAUGAGUCAAAAGAGAGGCUGCUGUGACAGAGAGGCAUAGCAGCCAUGUCUCAAUAUCUACUGGAGAUAAAACAGUUUCAAGUCUGGUAUUCGCUCUCUAUCGCACCCUCUUCAGCACUUUUCUCAUUACACUAAUUAUAUAAUGAGACCAAUUUGUUGGUGCAAAAAGGGUCAAUGCAGAUAGUCAUGGUAGUUUAUGGUUAACUAUUUAACUAUUUAGCAGUCAUAUGGCUUGGGGGUAGAAGCUGUUCAGGGUCCUGUGGUUCCAGAUAUGGUGCAUCAGUACCGACUUGCCGUGCGGUAGCACAGAGAACAGUCUAUGACUUGGGUGGCUGGAGUCUUUGACAUUAUGCCAGUAACACAAAAUCUCAAUUUAAUUCUAAACGCAGGCUGUAUCACAACAAAAUGUGGAAAAAGUCAAGCGGCGUGAAUACUUUCUGAAGGCUCUGUAGGUUAAUAGUUCACCACAUACACAACUGCCAUCUCUUGUUUAGAGUUAAGAGGACUUUUUGAAAAAUGGAAAAUCUCAAUUUCAGUUUAGAUUUUUUUGGGGGUUCUAUGCAGUUGUAAAUCAAACAUAUACAUUGUAAAAGUUUUUUCAAUUUGAACUUAUUUUAGAAAAAGAGUGAAUCGUGAAAGAGUGCCAAUACAUUUGACCACGUCUGUACAUUCACAACCCGUGCUGUUGUUUUCGCCUACCCCCACCCCAGCCCCUAACUGCUUGUUGUUCUACUUUUUUAUAUAAGGGGGAGGUGUGAGAUAUUCUGCUCUGGUCCACAGCAAAACAAUUAUUUAACUGGCUUUAUUAUGACUAUAUUACACCUUAAUUUCUCAGUGACCCUCCCAAAGCCCCAAAUCUAUCUGAGAUCUGCCACAGAGGUUGCUUGGGGUAAAGGAGUUGACAUCAUCUGCUCCAUCACAACACAGCACUUGCAUGGAACAUUCAGUUUGCAGAAGACUUCAGCCUCAUUCAGAAUGGACAAAACCACAAGUAGCAACUCUGUCACCUUCAACAUUCCUAAAGUGGACUUUAGCCACGAGGGGUCAUACCGAUGUCAGUAUCAGACAAGGGUAUCCAGUCGAGACUUCAGCUCCACUCAAAGUUACUCUGUUGAAUUUUCGGUUAUAGGUGAGCAACUAAACAUUAAUGGGUGAACGCCAUCAGCAAGAGGAACACUGGGUUCCCGAGAUUAUACAUUAUUUAAUGCAAGAGUUUGGAUAUCUCUUCAUAAUGUAUUCUAGCAUAGUGUUUUCUUGGCUAUAAAAAGUAUUGUUAUGCUGCAGUCACAGUGCACACGUUAACAACCUGCUCUUGUCUUUUCCUAGUCGUCUUGCUACAGCCCAACAUCUCUCUCAGUGCUCCAAAUGGAUGGAUGGUCUGGGGACUUCAGGGGCCAGAGGUGACCAGGGGCCACAGCUUCUCCAUCACCUGCUCCAUUCAGCCACAGUAUCCUGGAGGCCUCUUCUAUCUGGACUUCUCUGGGUCCAACAGAACUGAGACUACGCCUGCAGUCAACCACUCUGCCUCCUUCCACUUCCCUGUUGCAGAGUAUAAAGACCAGGGGAACUACAGCUGCAGCUAUGGAGUCAACGUCUCCACCCGGUCAUUCCGUUCUACCAAGACAGAGUUGCUGACAGUCAGCAUUCGAGGUAAAAUAAGUUUUAGUUUCAUGUUCCUCAAGUGCAUUACCAUGAAGGCCAUAUUUAAGGAUUGUGAGUAGAAAAAUAUAUAGAUAUUAUCAGUCCUAUCAGUCAUACAAUAUUUUUUAAAGACCAAUGUUUAAACAUUGUAGAAGAAUUUGAUAGCUAUACAAAUUCUGAAAUGUAGGUCUUCUGAAAGAUGCUGAAUAUGUUGUUUCUCUCCAUAGCAUCUAUAGUCCCCAUUAUUGCCUCUGGCGCAAUAGGUGGGCUCCUCCUCCUCUUGCUGCUGCUAAUUCCUUGUCUAGUCUGGAGGAAGAGAAACAGCAGAGAGCAGUCUAUUAUGAGAAACCCAAGAGAAAGUAAGUUCUAGUUCCUCUAAUUAGGAUUUUGAUUAGGGUUGCACAAUUCUCAGGUUUUCAAGAACUCCCAGUUGGAAGAUUCCUGAAAUGUGGAAUCCUCCAACCAGGAUCUCUUGAAAACUUGGACAUUUUGAUUACCGGAAUUUUUCAACCCUAAUUUUGUUAUGGUUUUGUACUGUUUAUGAUAUCUAUUCCUGCUUACAUUCACUGAUGUCAUUUAUAUGAAUUGAACUGAUUAAUCCCUCAGCUGCCAUUCACAUGAACACAUAUGGAAACACUGUAGGUGAAGCGAGUGAAGAGGAUUAUGAAGAGGAUUACAUCAACGCAGAAACCUUUGUCAACAAGAGCAAAGAUGAAGACUUGAAAAAAGGAUGCCAUGCAGGAAUGUAUGUGAAAAGGGAUUUGCUUACCACUAAAAAUAAUGAUUAAAAAAAUGUCUGCAGUUAUGAAGGGAUAACGUGUGCCAAGAUCCUGACUUGAAGUCCAGGCAUGUAACUCAAAUGUAAAUGUAUUCAUCCUCAGGAAUGCUCCAGGAUCCAUGAAUAAGUGUGGAAACAACCAAGGUAAAGGACCAGAGGCAGGUGAGGAAGAUGAGGAAGUCUAUGAAAAUCCAGAUACAUUCACAGAGACAGAUUUAGCUGAAGAUAUGUAUGAUGAAGACAAUUAGUCUUUAGACUUGGAGCAGCUCGCUUCAUGUAAAGCUGGAGGGGAGAAUGACUAUGAAGAAGAUGACAACAUAUACGCAAACUAUGAGUGGAGGACUUGUAAUAGGCAUGUUGAUGCAUAACAAAAAUAUGAAUGCAACACGUAACAAUUUCAUAGAUUUGAAUCAGUUACAGUUCAUAUCAGGAAAUCAGUCAAUUGAAAUAAAUUCAUUAGGUCGUAAUCUAUGGAUUUCACAUGACUGAGAAUACAGAUAUCCUUAAAAGAAAAUGGCCUCACAAUGGGCCUCAGGAUCUCGUCACGGUAUUUUUGUGCAUUCAAAUGACCAUCGAUAAAAUGCAAUUGUGUUCAAUGUCCAUAGCUUAUGCCUGCCCGUACCAUAACCCCACCACCAUCAUGGGGCACUCUGUACACAAUGUUGACAUCAGCAAACUGCUCGCCCACAUGACGCCAUACACAGGGUCUGCAGUUGUGAGGCUGGUUGGAUGUACUGCCAAACUCUCUAAAACGACGUUGGAGGCAGCUUAUGGUAGCGAAAUGAACAUUCAAUUAUCUGGCAACAGCUCUGGUGGACAUUCCUGCAGUCAGCAUACCAAUUGCAUGCCCCCUCAAAACUUGAGACAUCUGUGGCAUUGUGUUGUGUGACAAAACUGCACAUUUUAGAGUGGCCUUUUAUUGUCCCCAGUACAAGGUGCACCUGUGUAAUGAUCAUGCUGUUUAAUCAGCUUCUUGAUAUGCCACACCUGUCAGGUGGAUGGAUUAUCUUGGCCAAGGAGAAAUGCUCACUAACAGGGAUGUAAACACAUUUGUGCACAAAAUCUGAGAGAAAUACGCUUUUUGUUCAUAUGGAACAUUUCUGGGAUCUUUUAUUUCAGCUCAUGAAACAUGGGACAAACUCUUUACAUGUUGCGUUUAUAUUUUUGUUCAGUGUAUGAUUUCUAUUUGGGGUACUGUUUAUGAUAGCUAUUCCUGCUUACAUUCACUGAUGUAAUUUAUAUGAAUUAAAAUAAAUUAAUCCCUCAGCUGCCAUGAGCAUCAACAAGUACGGAAACACGGUGGGUGCAGCGAGUGAGGAAGAUGAUGAAGAGGAAUAUGUCAACGCAGAAAUCUUCGUCAAUAAGAGCAAAGAUGAAGACAUGAAAAAAGGAUGCCAUGCAAGCAUGUAUGUGAAAAGGGAGAAACUUACCACAAAAAGUUAUUUUGAAAAUGUCAGCAGUUAUGAAUGGAUACCCUGUGCCAAGAUCCUGACUUGACAUCCAGGCAAGUAACUCAAAUGUUUGUAUUCAUCCUCAGGAAUGCUCCAGGAGCCAUGAACAAGUGUGGAAACAACCAAGGUGAAGGACCAGAGGCAGGUGAGGAAGAUGAGGAAGUCUAUGAAAAUCCAGAUACAUUCACAGAGACAGAUUUAGCUGAAGAUAUGUAUGAUGAAGACAAUUAG